UUUUUUUUUUUAAUUUUGUUUUCUCUCAUUCUCUUCACUCUUCUCUUCCCAUUUGUACUAUAAAUUCCCUCACCAAUUCCCUCAUUAUCCUCUUCACUUUUUUUCUCCUCUUCCCCAAGAAUUUCCUGCUUUUUCUAGCUCUUUCCCUGAGGGCUGCGGUUCUGUUGGUUUCACGUCAGAAACUGUUUUUCUCGGUGCCCUUCUUUUGUGGGUUUGGCUGCUUUCUGGAUUUUUUGCUGUGAAUCUUUGGGAUAAUACCCAUAAAGUCAAAGGCUUGAAAUCCUUCUUCCAUUUGACAGCCGAGAGAUCUCUGGCUGCUGCCUUGCCAAAUACAAAACCUUUUCUGUCUCUCUAAAUCUUGAUGCUGCAUAUUUUUAUCUUAAUGUUUGAGAUUCAUGUCUCCAGUUCUCAGUGAAAUCCUCCGUUCCGGGUUUAUGAUCAAUUCGUCUCUCAGGCGCAGGACCCAUCUUGUUCAAUCUUUCUCUGUUGUUUUCCUUUAUUGGUUCUAUGUGUUUUCAAUAAUAACUUGUUCUCUCUGCCUGUAUCUAAUAUAGUAUAUUAGUUGCAUAUAUAUAGCUAUAUUGAUUACCCAUCAAAUUUAUAUUAGCUCCUGGGUCCUGCGUCAAAUUUCAAGUCAUUAAGGUAAGAUCAAGAUCUCAGUUUUGUAGAGAUUAUUAGCCGUAAUUUUGGUGUAAAUAUAUAAUUAUAUAUAGUAUAUAUCUCUAUAUGCCAUCCUCCAGUGGAAAUUCAUCAGGUUCCUCUCUGCUUCACAACUCUGGCUCUGAAGAGGACAUCCAGCUCUUGAUGGAUCAAAGAAAAAGGAAGAGAAUGCAAUCCAACAGAGAAUCUGCAAGGCGAUCCAGGCAGAAAAAACAGCAGCACCUGGAUAAAUUGAUGUCCCAAGUGACAGAGCUGAGGAAGGACAAUAACCAAAUCCUUACGAGCAUCAAUAUCACCACCCAGCACUACUUGAAUGUUGAGGCUGAGAACUCUAUUUUAAGGGCUCAGUUGGUGGAACUUAGCCAAAGACUUGAAUCCCUAAAUGAAAUCCUCAGUUAUAUCAACACAAGCAAUAGGGUUUUUGAAACUGAAGAUCUCCAAUCAACUGCUGCUGCUGCUGCUGCUGACACCUUCAUGAACCCACUUAAUUUGAUCUACCUCAACCACCCCAUCAUGGCAUCUCCAGAUUUCUUUCAGUAUUGAUGUCUUCAGGAGGAUUCAAAGCUAGAAAUUGGUCAAUCUAUGGUUGUCUCUAAUUUCUUCUUUAUAUUUCAUUGGUGGUCUGUCCAUGGUCUUUUUUUAGCUAUAGUGUUGAAUGCUACUUUUUUUUUUUUGGUCAAAUAUUGAAUGCUUGUUUAAUUAGCUUAGGAUGAGCAACAUGUCUAUGAAAGAGUCGUAGAAGAAGGUUGAUGGAAAAUGAUGAUUGGUGUUUUGGCUUGUAAUGGGUCGCUAUAAAUAUGGUGUGAAAGGUUCUGGAUAUCUUUGGCCUCUUUCUCUGCCACUAUUGGUAUAUGGUAAUGGUUUUCUUUUCUGGUGUA